GCAAGUUUGACAUUUGGUUAAGUUUGGACAUUGCAGUUCAAAUUUUGCCCAAUGUCAAUAAGGUUUCACAUUUGGCUGGAUAUAAAAAAAUAACCUUAUUACUGCGGAAAAAAAAUGGAAAAGUUAACAUUAAUUUCCGGGGCAUUAUUUCUUACAGCCGAUAUAUUUGCCAUUGUUGCACUUGCCCUACCAUUUUGGAUUGUAACAGACGUAGGAGGAGAAACUUCUUUGGGAUUGAUGUGGACUUGUACCACUCUAUAUAAUCGGCCAAAAGUAUGCUUCUCUCCUGAUCUCACUCCUGAGUGGAUGAUGGCACUUGUGUGCAUCUUUAUUGGCUGUGUGUGCAUAACAACAACUGUUGUAUUACUAAUCUCAAGCCAUUGGGAUUACAAUGUUGUACCAUAUGCAAGAUGGGUUGGAUUUGCUGCAAUGGUUUUAUUCUGCCUAGCCGCUGUUAUCUUUCCCCUUGGAUUUUCUAUGUCUGAAAUUGGAGGAGAACCAUAUCAGCUGCCAAAUAGUUUCCAAGUUGGACUUUCUUACAUAUUUUUUGUUCUUGCAUUAUGGAUUACAGUCAUUUCUGAACUGUUUGCUGGGAAAGUAUGUUUGCCACAUUUUUAAACACUCCUAAACUCUUGUCCGAUUCUUCCGGAGAGCAAUGAUCUUAAACUAUUGUAAAACUCUAUUGUAAAACCCAUCGUACAACACAUUGUAUUUGAGUAAUCUUUGGGAUGAUAUUUUUGACUAAUGGAUCUCAUUACAAAUUAUAUUUUUUUUUUGUA